UUAAUGCCUGACUGCCACAAAGACGUGGUAUGGCCCGAAAGCAAGCAAAUCCGCCUCAUUGAUUCACUAUUUCGUAACUUCUAUAUACCUCCCAUCGUCUUUGCUGUUCAACCGGAUGAAGAUGGAGAGCUGGUGCGGAUAUGCGUCGACGGGAAGCAACGCUUAACGUCUAUCCAAAAAUUCUUCGAUGGCCAGGUGUGCCACUCAGAUCCUGUGACGGGCAAGAACUGGUAUUAUACCUCACCUGAGAACCUGAAGAGCAAUAGAUUGGAAGUUCCGGACUAUUGGAAAAGGGUCUUUGCCCAGAAGCAAAUCAUUUGUGCGGAAUACCGCAACCUCACCCCGGCUAUGGAGCGUGAAAUCUUCCAGAGGGUUCAAUUAGGCAUGGCUCUAACCGCUGCAGAGAAACUACAAGCAAUCUCUUCUCCUUGGGGCUCAUGGAUCUCCCAGCUGCAGACAAAGUGGGUUGUCCCAGAAACUGGUUUGGGCGGUGUCUUGGACUGGGACAUCAAGCGGGGAAGGGAUUUCCAGAAUUUGGCAUCCAUGAUCUACAUCUGCGACAACCUACCUGGUCAUACAGUACCGACACCACAGAAGCUUGAGCCUUGGCUAGAUAACCACAAACCACCCCCGCAGUCAUUCAAGGAACAGAUCGAAGAUGUCCUGACAGAGAUGUGGUACAUUGCUAGUACACCAUCACUUUCGUACUGUUUCCAAAAGCCAAAGUCACGAGUUGCACCUGUCGAGUUCGUAUUUAUCGGGGUCCUUCUAUUCCUAAUGCGUCAUGCUUCUCAUGAGGAGCGCGCCAACCAAAUCUUCGACCUCAGAAAGUUCGUACGUGACAGAUUUCCGGACAUCCGCAACAAUGGCAAGGUCGUUAGAGCGCUCUGGGAAUUCCUGGACCGGACUCUCGAAGAUCCGGGCAGGCCGUCUAAGAGCAACGCCGUACCAAGGACACGAGGACGGGCAGCGUCGGGAUCAAAGAAACGCAAGCAGGAUAACGGUUCAGACGAUGACGACUCCGAUGAAUAUGCUGCGUACAGGCAAUCACGGGGCACCCAGAAGGCGCGCCGUGGAAGAAGAUGA